AUGCCCGCCCAUCGCCACCGCCAGGUCCGCCACCGCCUCCGCUUCCUCGCGACACUCGUCGGGCUCCAACCCGCCGCCGCCGGUUUCUCCACGGCGCCGUCCCGUGGGUGCCCGCUACACGCCGCGCUCGCGCGCCGGGACGCCCCAGCGGCGGCCGCGCUCGCCCUCUACUCCAGCAUCCGCGCCGCAGCCUCGCCGACCCCCUACAUAUUCUCCCUCCUCCUCGCCUCCCUCGCCUCGUCCUCGCCUCGCGCUUCCUCCCCCGCCGCAGGCGGAUGCGAUGGCCGCGCCGUCGCGGGGCUCGCGCACGCGCAGGCGCUCAAGUGCGGCGCGCUCGCGCACACCGUGGUCACCAACUGCCUCCUCAAGCUCUACUGCGCGCUCGGCCUCCUCCCCGACGCGCGCAGGGUGUUCGACACGACUGGCGCCUCCGCGCUAGACGCCGUCUCCUGGAACACGAUUGUGUCGGGGUAUGGUAAGAGCGGCGACCUGGAGGCCGCGCGUGAGCUAUUCGUCAGAAUGCCCGACAGGAGCUUAGUUUCCUGGAGCGCGAUGGUCGACGCGUGCGUUCGCGCGGAGGAGUUCAGCGAGGCGCUGAGGGUGUUUGAUCGGAUGAUGGAGGAGGGAUUUAGGCCAGACGCAGUAGUUCUGGUCAGCAUGCUCAAGGCUUGCGCACAUCUUGGUGCUGUUGAGAGGGGGCGUUGGGUACAUAAGUAUCUGGAAGCAGAGGGGUUUGGGAGGAGGCCAGUGAAUGUCAUGCUUGAGACUGCUCUUGUGGAUAUGUAUUGCAAAUGUGGGUGCAUGGAGCGGGCUUGGCAGGUCUUCGAUAGAGUUCAGAGCCGCGAUGUGGUGUUAUGGAAUGCAAUGAUUGGCGGGCUUGCGAUGAAUGGUCAUGGCAAGCGUGCAAUUGAGUUGUUCAGAAGGAUGCUUGUGUAG